AUGGUUUAUUCGAUUAUUUACAUAUUGUUCAGGUUUGACUACGCAAUCGAUCCGGAACAACUGAACUACCUGAAACUGUUGAGCAAUCAGGCAUCUCAAAAAGUGAUCCUCAGAUGUGAAGGCAAUUCCGAAACCCGGCUUCAGAGUCUUUUGGCUGAUGAUGAUACCAUUCUGGCCCGAAAUGGUUCACGUAGGCGUUUCCUGGUGCGAAAAGAUGACUGCGGAUCAGCAACCAGUGGUGAGACAGUCGCAUUCAUCAGCGGACGUCCCAGCCUCUUACCCAUCCGGGAUGUUCAAGUGCAGCUGCGACCAGAAAGCCGGUUCCAUGUUCAACUAGGUGAAGCAUGUUUCUCACAAUAA